CGUUUGUCAAUACAUUUUCAAAGUCUGUCCCAUCGGUGGACAUUUGUUUUAAACAACCGAUAUUUAUGUGAAAAAUAAACAAUUUUGUGUGUAAACAAUGGUCGAUGACGAAUGUUAUGUGGCCAGAUUGAAUGAGCUUCUCAGACAAAACAGCAUCAUCAUUCAAAACGAUUAUUCGUUCACGAGAAAAUAUCAAAAGUGCCAAACAGAGAUCGAAAAUGCAAAAUUAGUUUUACGUACACAAAAGAGCGAAUGGAAUAAUUUCACAUUUAAGCUGAAAGCAAGUUCGAAUUCCAUCGACAUGUUAUCACAAAAGAUCAACGAAACAGACUUACAAAUCGACCGUGUGAAAGGAGACAUUUCCAUGUUAAGCGAAAAAAUCGGUCGGAUUUCUAAUGACAUUAUGACAAAGUCCUGUUCUCUGUCUAAUGAUGAUGAAUCGAAACUUAUUCAAAGACAAAUGGGUCUAGUGCUACUGAAUACAAUAAAAUAUUCCAAUGAAAUUCAGGCCAUGCAAAUUGGAUUUGAUGGACCUCCUAACCAUACGCAAGUGAAAGAUAUCUAUGAUAAACAAUGGAGCCAAUUUCGAACGGAAUAGAGUUUAACCAAAUUGUGAAUUUGUGUGGAGUAUAUUUGUAUUUUGUUCAAAUUUUAAUAAAUUUAAUUAUAGACCAGCUAGAGCUGCAUAAAGUC